GACAUCUCCGCAACCAACCGAUUAACAAGCUAUCGUGAUGGACCGAGGAAAGUCCCCAAUACUGGCUCCUCGCCAUGACGAUUCGAGCCGUGUUGGAAAACCACAAUCUGCCGCAGAGAAGCUUGCGUCGCUGAAAGCCAGAGUCGCAGCAGCUGUUGGCAGUAGCAAAGCGAAGACUGGAAUCAACAUUACUCCUCAUCCCGCGACAGUUUCUGCUAGAGGAGGCCUGAAUGUUGAUCUACACCCUGCGUUACAAGAUCUUGGACAAUACAAGCUUUCGAAGACCAUUGCGCCCAAGUUUGCGACUAGCAUUGGAAAUGCUCGACCACAACCAGAAAAGCCUCUGCCUAAGACCAAGAAGCAACUUGAUCUAUCAGGGCCGUCGGCGGAGGAGACGAGGGCUAAUCCAUACUUUGACAACAGUUUGGGUGGGCAGACGGCUACCCUGAAGAACAGACAUUCGAGACAACUUGUUUUCAAUCAGAAGGGCAAAUAUAUCCAGCAGGCAAAUGCUCUCCGAAGACAGGCAGCCCUUGAGGCUAUGAAAAAGCGUAUUGCAGAGUCUUCACGGAAAAUCGGCAUAGACGAGGACCUGGAUACGGAGAAAAACUAUAUUGUGGAAGCUCCUCCAGAGAUAGAAUGGUGGGACGAAGGCUUGGUAGAUGGCAAGAGCUACGAUGUUAUCGGCAACGAGAAGAUGUUAAAAAUCGACUCUGUGGACUCUAUUAUCACCGAAUAUAUCCAACAUCCCGUCCUUCUCGAACCGCCCCAAGAAAAGAAUAUGCCAGCUCCCAAACCCAUGUUCCUCACAUCGAAAGAGCAAGCCAAGUUACGACGUCAAAGAAGAAUGGCAGAUCUAAAGGAACAACAAGCUAAGAUCCGUCUUGGUCUGGAACCUGCCCCUCCUCCAAAAGUCAAGAAGGGCAAUCUCAUGCGAGUCCUGGGCGAAGAAGCAGUGAAGGACCCAACGGCCGUCGAAGCAAGAGUGAACCGGGAAAUCGAGGCACGACACCAAGCUCACGUUGAGAUGAACGAAGACCGAAAGCUUACCAAGGAACAACGACACGAGAAACUCGCUGCGAAUCAGGAAAAGGAUGCUGCGAAGGGUAUACAUGUAAUGGUUUUCAAAAUCAAUAAUCUGGCGAACGGUAGCCAUAGAUUCAAGAUUGCCAAGAAUGCGGAGCAGAUGGCCCUCACGGGAAUAUGUAUCAUGCAUCCGAGAUUCAACUUAGUGAUUGUAGAGGGUGGAGAGCAUAGUAUUCGCCAGUACAAGAAACUGAUGAUGAAUCGAAUUGACUGGACUGAGAACUCGCCAACCAGGAUUAAGGAGGGAACGAAAGCGGAGGCAUUGCAAGACUGGUUGAAAGCAGAAGAUGAAAAGGGGGAGUUGAAAGAUAUGACGCUUAACAAAUGCGUGCUUGUCUUUGAGGGAGAGCAGAAGAGCAGAGCCUUUAGGAAGUGGGGAAGUAAGGUCUGUGAGACUGAUAGUGCAGCGAGAGAUGCUUUGACCAGGGCGAAGAUGGAGAACUUCUGGGCUUUGGCGAAGAGUAUGACUUGAGGUCCUAUGAAUAUUAUGUAGUGUACAUCAUGAAGAAGAGAUAAUGAAGCAUGAUUCAUGAU